GGGAAGAUGGCGGCGGGGCUGCGCUCCCGGGCCGUGCCCGUGCCCCGGCGGCGCUGAGCGGCGGCCGUGGCGGCGGGAGCGAGCGGCCGCCAGCGCCAUGGUCCUCCGGAGCCGCGGAGCCCCCCGCGCCGCGCCGCCCCCGCCAUGCUGUGCCCGCUGCUGUGCCCAUGGCUCCGCGCUCUGACCCGGGCGGGCCCGCGGGGCCCGGCUGCCCGUGAGCGCCGCGGUGCCGCGAUGUUCCCCGCCUGCUGCUGCGCCGGCAAGGCCAGGCCGCGGCUGCUGCUGCCCCUGGACCCCUACGGCCAUGGGCUGCUGCCCGCCGUGCACACGGACGGCGGCCGGGGCCGGGCCCACGGCAAGAGGAAGAGCUGGAACUUCAUCCACGAGAAGAUGAGCUACGACACCUUCUUCACCAUGAAGCGGCUGAUUGAGCGCUCCCGCAGCGUGGGCGAGGUGCUGCGCUGGGUCACGCAGAACCCGGGCAAGGUGUCGGCCAGCCACUACCCCAUAGCGCUUCACAAGCUGGGGCAGCUCCUGCAGCAGCAGCCGGGGCCGCCCGUGGGGGCCGGGGACAGCCGCGGGCCCGCGGGGCAGGUGCUGGAGCAGCCCGAGUUCCACGUGCUCUGCCAGGCCAUCGUCAGCGGCUGCGCCAAGUUCGACAACUUCAGCAUCGUCAACUGCCUGUACGCGGCGGCCGCGCUGGGUCUGCCCGGGGAGUCGCCGCUCGUGCGGGUGCUGGAGGACGAGUCCCGCAGCCGCCUGGGCCGCUUCAACCAGAAGGACGUGUCGAUGGUGUUCAGCAGCGUGAUGCGGCUGCACCCCUCCAGCCCCCACCCGCUGGUGGAGUCUUGCCUCAGCAGCCUGGAGCGGCACCUGGAGAAGGAGCGGCACCCCCAGACCCUCUUCCUGCUGCUCUCCUACUACCGGCUGCGGGCGCAGGCGCUGCAGGGCCACGCCGCCUCCGACCAGCAGCUCAUCAACAACCGCAAGAUCCUGCGCCUGGUGCGGCACACGCUGGGCCAGGUCAGCGCCAUGAGGGAGCACGAGCUGGCGCUGCUGGACGAGAUGCUGGCCCUGUGUGCCCAGGAGGCCAACAACAAGGCCCUGGAGGCCAUCUUCAGCUCCCAGCUCUUCUACGAGAACCGGCAGGAGCGCUUCAUUCGCAGCAUGGCAGAGUGGCUGCCCCGGAAGGCAGAGAACCUCACCCCCUACACCAUGGCACUCAUCGCCAAGUACGUGGCGCGGCACCGGCUGCGCGAGCCGCGGCUGCUCGACACCAUCGCCAACUUCCUGCUGAAGCGCGGCGAGCAGCUCGACAGCAAGGUGAUCCAGAAGUUGGUGUUUCCCUUCAGCCGGAUGAACUACCGCCCCUCCAACCACGGCGAGCUCUUCCCCAAGCUGGAGGCCAUCCUGGAGCAGAAGGCCGGCAGCUCCCCGCUGGCCACCGUCAACAUCCUCAUGUCCAUGUUCCAGCUCAGCCACUUCCCGCAGACCGUCCUGCACCAGGUCUUCUCCCCAGGCUUCAUCACCAAUGUCAUGAGCAGCCCCUACGCGCUGAUCGUGCGCCGCUACCUGUCGCUGCUGGACGCGGCGGUGGAGCUGGAGUUCCGCGAGUACAGCGGCCCCCGCCUCGACCCGCGCUACCGCGUCCUCAUGUUCGAGCACGCGCUGACCGCCGACGAGGCCAACAGAAAGUACAGCUACAAGGGGCUGGUGGCCGAAGCCCUGCGACAGCUGGUGGGGGAGGAAUGCUACCGGCAGGACGAGGUGCUGCCUCCUGGGUACUGCACAGACUUCCUGCUGUGGAUCAACCGCUCGGGCACGGUGCUGCCUCUCUCGCGCGUUCCGGCAGCCUCCAGGGCCCCCCCGGCCACGUCCCCUGUCGCCGUGUCCCUGCGGUCCAGCGUCCUCGCCCUCACCUCAGAUUUGCAGGACUUUGCCCCGUUUGCUCCGGAGGCGCCCAGCAGCCCCCCAGGGCCCCGGGAGAGCGGCCGGGCCGGGCGGUUCCUGCCGGCGCUGUGCCCGGCCCCGGGGGGACCCUGCUUCCAGCCGCCCUCGGACUAUUACUGCGGGCUGAGCAAGGAGCCGUCCCUGGCCAGCCCGGCCAGCUCCACGCUCAGCAGCCCCUCUGAGUGCCUCUCGGCGCCGCCGCCCGGCACCCCCGACUGCUCCCCCCGCACCUCCACCGCCUCCCUCUUCCAGUUCCCCAUCGCCAAAAUCCUGGAGGAGGAGGAGGAGGAGGCCGCGGGCUGCCCCGGCCAGGAGCGCGGCUGCUUCCAGGGGGAGCAGGCCCAGGAGCAGCCCGAGGAGCGGAGCCCCCCGGCCAGCGAGGACGCCGGCCCCCCGCCCUCGCCGUGCCGGCCCAGCCCCAAGCGGGGCCCGGGCGAAGGGCCACAGGGCGCCGAGGAGAUCCAGAGGGUGGUGCUGUCGGUCAAUGACAAGUGGCACUACUGCCAGAACUCCGACAUCCUGGUGGGUUCCCGGGCCAUGCGGGACCGGCACCUGCGGCUGCUGGGAUACUGUCUGGUGCAGGUGAACACCCCCAGCUCUCACCUGCGGGUUGAGGGGCUCCAGCCCGCGGAAACUUUAUUCCUGCCCUGUGCUGCCAGUGGCUGGAGCACGGGUCCCAGUGACCCUCAGUCCUGCUCUCUGCCCUACACGGAGCUGGAGAAGGUGAGUGGCAUCGAGGAGGCCAAGCACUACCUGCGGCAGAAGCUGAGGGAGCUGCGCUUCUGAGGGACGGAUCCGGGGGGUGUGGGGGGCCAGGUGGGUGCUGCCAGCCCCUUCCCCUGUGCAGGGGGAUACGGAGCUGCCCCCCAUCGCGGGGGUCAGGGGGAUAUGGAGAUGCUCCCCAUCUUGGGGGGUCAGGCUGUGGGGCCAGGCCGUGGGCACCUGCUCCUGCAGUGGGGCUGGGGGAGUGUGAGAUUAUUUAUUGCUGUUAUGGGGGGCCGGGGUGUGACUUGAGGGGUGCUGGGGGGGUGGGGGGAGUUACUGGGGAAGGUCCCUCAUGGCCCCCCUGCCCCGGCUCUGCCACUUCAGCCCGGUCUGUUGCUGUUGUUGGGCCUGGCCUGGACUUCCCUGGGCACUGGGGUGAUCCCUGUGUCCCCAGCACGGCUUCUGGGCUGGGGUGCUGGGCCUGGCCCCUCCGUGGGGCGCAGGGGUCCCGUGCAGGGCCGGGAGCGGGUGUGCACAUGGGGCUGUUCCCAGGGCCUGGGCCCGGAGGAGGGGGGUGUUAGGGAAAGGGGAACUUUCCAAUAAAACUGGUGAAAAGUG